AUCACUUGCCGAUCCAAGUUUCGCCGUGCGCUCAAAACAAGAAAAACACCUGAAAAUUUUUUAAAACUUGCUCAGCGGACAGGUAGCAUAACGGUCAACUCUUCGUAGCGCGUUCUUUUUUUCAGCUGAUCGUCCACAUUUAUUUGACUGAUAAGCAAGAACAAUUGGCAUAGGGGUCAAGACUAUAUGAUUCGAAACUGAACAGGUGGUUAUGUGCCUCCAAGAGUGUAAUCAUGACGAAUUGAAGAAAAAAGAAGAUAGAACCAAAUGAAGACGCUUUCAUGGAAAGACGGACAAGUUCCAAGUCUAUUCCUUCUACGCUAUAGUGUUAGUGUCACGCUCAAAGAAAUAUUGACCCAUCAGGUUUGCAGCAAAAUGAGACCACGUUUAUGGAUGCUUGCCCUCACCAUAUUGCCAUAUUGCCAGGCGAAAAGUAGUCAAAUAUGUAACGAAUGCUGUAAACUUCCGGAGGACCCGAUGUGUCAUGACCCGAGACUCGAGGUCUUCUACGAGUUCCAAGACCAAUGGCCAACCGGGAUCGCAGUGACCCCCUGCGGUCGGAAGUUCGCAUGCUACCCAGCCAGCAUUGACCCUCUCAACACCAACGACGGAUGCAACGGCAAGUACGCCGUGGCCGAACUCACCAAAUGUGGAGAGCUCCCUUACCCUAACCGCUGCAUGAACAACCCAUACGGAGGUGUCAUCAACUACUCGACCAGUCCACCAACUACAAAAGGUCUCCGGCAUCACUUCAUCAGCGUUCAAACGAUAGUUUACAUAAAGGAGUUAAAUCUUCUCUUCUGUUUAGACGCCGCUCGUGCCAGGGAUUGCAAACAGAUUCUCUACCAAUCAUCUUCGGGCGGGACCAAGGUCGUUGUGAUCGACCUAUGCAACGACUGCGUCGCACGAAUUUAUUAUUUUGAUGACAAUGUCGCAAAACCGACAUCUCUCUUCAGAGACCUGGCUGUGGACCCCAAGAAAAACGUAGCGUAUAUUGUGGAUGGGUCGGAAUCCACAAUCGUCGUGUUGGACCUCUGCACCGGAAAGUCUUACGUUGCAUUCAAAGGAGAUCAAACCCUAUUCAAGAAUCCAGACGCAUUGCCCGUCUUUUGGGGUCAACCUUACUACAGCUUAGACGGCAGCACAAUCGGGAACACCACCGUGGGACCGAUACCCCUGGCUGUAUCCACUGUUUCUCUUUCCCCGGACGGAAAGCUGCUGUACUAUUCACCAGUCUUCGGCCGGUUCUUGUAUUCUGUGUGUACGGAGUCUUUACUGUGCAACCUGCCGUCAACCGAAGUCGCAAAAACUGUGAGGAGCCAUGGAGAGAAAGGAGUGUCCUUCGGGAUACUCUGUGACCAGAGGGGCAGAGUUUGGUCCGGCUGUGCGGAAAGUAACGGGAUCACGGUCUUUAACCCCAGCUGCCCGUUCGCGAGAAAUUUUCUUUACAUCCGUGACUUGCGGUUGGGUGGAUUAUAUUUGAUAAUUGAACCGGGAGACGGAUAUAUUUAUUGCGUUAGCAACUAUAUGUUCGGUCUACCGUUGGUGUAUCCGGGAACGGGCCCUCUGUUCGUGGACAGGAGGAGGAAGCCGUACGUGGUGUUCAGAUUUAAGUCCCCCUGUGAAAGCCUUUGCCCGAGUUUUUGUGACCCGGCAACGCUGGGAUUACAAGUAUGUUCCUGUGGUUGUUGUAACUGAAAUUGAUGGGGCUUGAGGAUUGACGCAAGUCCCCCCAACAUCCGCCCGUCGAGGGCCCAGCGUGCUGCCAGCGCGAUACGCGUACUGACGCCUACAAACCUAAAGGGCUACUUCACGCAUUGCGCAAUGCUUGAAGUAUCCCCUUAGGUUUGUAGGCGUCAGUGCGCCGCGCCGCGCACCAGGGUGCCAUAAACUUUCAAGAAUCAGGUAAUGGGAUGUUGAGUAUCGAGUAUAUAAAAUUUAAAAUUUUUUAAAAUUUACGAAAAUUUAAAAACUUUUAAAACAAACCUUAAAAUCACUCACUUGCAUAAAAUUUUUCAAUUUUUGAAGCGAAUGCGUUUCAGAGGUGUCCCCGACCUCCGUCCUCAGCGCGACUGGUCUCAUCUAUGAAUAUCGAAUCGAGUAUACUUUACUAUACGCAACAAAUUAUUAUAAUAUUAGUGAAAGGGUGGCGACAAGGGGUUUUAGAAGAGAUGAGGAUUUGUCAACUCCCUGAAGGGCUUUGGGAGGAUAGGGGACUUUGGCGGCUAAGGGUCGCAGAGGGCCAAAGAGCGCUAUAAAAGCGACUUUAUACAUACAACAAAUUAUGCCCGAGAUUCGACGUAUUCUCACAAUCUACUUAACAACAGUUUUACGAUUAAUUGCAAAGGGUUAAAUUUUCGUUAGUGGAUUUAGUUAUUUUUGAUCCCAUAGACGAGGUUGUAACUUCGAAUUGGAGGUUGAAUACUCACGGCUAAAGUUUGCAUCCGUUCACCUUCGAACUUUUUCGUAGGAAUGGGUCUAAAUUAUCUAUGUUUUUUGGGUACCUGAUAUUUUUAUACACCUGUAUAAUAAAAAACGAACUUUUAAAAAAAUUAA